UAGCUCUUUGCCUUCUCUUUUUUCUUAAUUAAUUCUAACUGCCAUUUCCCACCACCCCUACAAAACACACACACUCACACACUUCCACAUUCUCUCUCUCUUCAACUCAAUCAGAGAGCAUUUGAGGAUCCAAAGUCCCUCAAAAACCCAAAACAACAAAGAACCCACUUCUUGAUUUUUCUUGGAUUCCCAUUUCACACACACACACACACACACACUCACACUCACUCACUCAAACACUAUCAUCUUAAAUUCCCUCUCAGUCAAAAGCCAAAAAAAUUUCACCCGCCAAUUGGUCCAAAUUGACAAUCAUGCCAUCCCAUAGAACUAUUGCCUCUUCUACUGCCACCACCGCCGGUGCCGGGGCUGCCAAUGCUCAGACAAAAUCUUCAAGGAACCAAUUAGUAUCCUCAAUGAUAAAACAGGGCUUUCUCUCUGACCCUUUUCUCUCCCCAACUCCAUCUCCUCCUUCAGCCCACCACCAACCAUUUUCCCUUUCCCGACUCACCGCCGCCGCCGCCGCCGGGAACGCCACCACUCUUUCCCCUCCGCCAUCCUUCGCCAAUGGUUCGCCAAACCCACCCCGAUCAUCUCCAAGCCCGACCCUUUUCGAAAUGAUGACAGAGGAACAAGCCCGUGAUUCCAAACGUUCAAUUGAAGCCCGGUUGAAGCUUCAAGACAGAGUCUUUAAGGUCUUGGAGGAUGCCCCAUUUCAAGAUAGUGCUAUGAACAGUUUAGGGCCCGGUGAUGUUAAGCUGGCGGUAAGGUCGUGUGAUGGGUUUUGCGUCUCAAUGGAAGUCCACCGUCGGGUUCUCGCCGGCCGGAGUCGGUUUUUCGCGGAGAAACUCCAGCCCAAUGGGUCCCAGAUGGUUUCGGUAGAGAUUCUUGAUUGUGAUGACGUUGAGGUUUAUGUCGAAGCUGUAGUGCUCAUGUACUGUGAGGACUUGAAGAAGAGAUUGAUGGGAGAGGAGGUUUCCAAGGUCUUGGAAUUAUUGAAGGUAUGUUCUGCUGUUCUGUUUGAUGAUGGCAUUCUUGCAUGCUUGGAGUACUUGGAAGCAGUACCCUGGUCUGAGGACGAAGAGGAAAAAGUGGUGUCUCAACUUGGAGACCUUCAACUUUGUGAACCUCUCCCUAAUGUGCUUCAGAGAGUGGUGGCAGAAACUUCUACCUCUCCUAGGGCUGAUGACAUCUUCCUGAAACUGCUAACUGGUGUUUUACAAGCUAAGGAUGACAAAGCUCGUCGAGAAAUGAAGUCCCUGAUAUCUCGUUUGUUUAAACAAGAAAGUUCAGAUAGUCACGGGUACAGCAAUGGAUUUGAUAUUUCAAAGGACACUAUGUAUCAUGUUUGUCAUAGAUGCCUUAGUUCCCUCAUACUUAGCUUGUCUGAAGCUUCGUGUGUGGAUGAGAAUAAACAGGAUCGUGGUUUUUUGAUGAGUGAGAUAGCGCGAGCAGCUGACAACAUGCAGUGGGUUGUUGAUAUCCUGAUUGAUAAGAAAAUGGGUGAUGAAUUUGUGAAACUAUGGGCAGAUCAGAAAGAACUUGCUGUCCUUCAUUCGAAAAUUCCUACCAUGUACAGGCAUGAGAUCAGCAGGAUCACAGCACAACUCUGUAUUGCCAUUGGGAGAGGACACAUUUUGGUCCCAAAAGACGCCCGAUACUCUCUGCUAACUACGUGGUUGGAAGCCCUUUACGAAGAUUUUGGGUGGAUGAAGAGAGCUUCAAGAUCAAUUGACAAGAAACUGAUUGAGGAAGGGCUGAGCCAGACGAUUUUAACUCUACCAUUGUCACAGCAACAAUCCAUUUUGCUAAAUUGGUUUGAUCGGUUUCUGAACAAAGGGGAUGAUUGUCCUAAUAUUCAGAGAGCAUUUGAAGUCUGGUGGAGAAGGUCUUUCAUAAAGCAAUAUGCUCUUGAUUCCCAGCUACAGAUAACUGUGUAUGAUUAUGCCAGCUGAUGCCUGCAACCCUUACAUUGAUGUCAGAUGUGAGAUUUUUUUUCCUUAGACUGUGUUGACACUCUAUUCUAUCUCCCUGCUGUGAAUCCCGUCCAAAUUUUCAGUUUUCACAUGUAAAAUUGUUUAGUUUUUUUAGAAUGCAGAUUGUAACUGGAACAGCCAAGAAAGUUUAAUCAGAUAAGAAGUACAUAAAUAAUAUGGUUACAUUCUCAUAUUCUGUACAGUGAAAUUGGUUUUCACGAAUAAACCAAUCCUUCCAAAGGCUUCACC